UCAGAAGAAGACACAAUGGAAGUCUACUCCCCACCCACCCUUCAGAGCCUGGCAAUUCAGAGGCUACUGAGGGAGGAGGCCUUGGCCAUUUCUGCUCUCAAGGAUCUGCCAAAUAGGCUGCUCCCAGUGAUAUUUGAGGAAGCCUUCAUAGCUGGACAUACAAAGAUCUUGACGGCCAUGAUACCUGUGUGGCCCUUCCCAUACCUUUCUGUAGGAUUGAUGAUAAAGAACCUCAACCUGGACUCUUUGAAGGCUGUGCUGGAAGGCCUAGACUUACUGAUUUCACGAAAGGUUUGCUCCAGUAGGUGCAAACUCAGAGAGAUCAAUUGGAUGGAUAUACACCAUGAGUUAUCUGGAAUAUGGGCUGGAUACAAUGAAAAUGAAGGCUUAGCAGAGUUCACGACACAGAAGCAGCCAGUGGAGACCUGUCCUGACUGUGGGAUGAAGAAAGAUUUGAAUGUGAUUACUCGACUCCAACUCAGGGAGGGCAGAUUUGAUGAAACUAAUACAUACCUAUUGAAGUGGGCCCAACAGAGAAAAGAUUCCUUUCAUCUAUGCUGCAGAAUGCUGGAGAUUUGGGGCUUAACCGAGGCUGCAGACAUAGAAGUCUUCAAAAUUGUACAUGCAAACUGUAUACAAGUGCUGAGGUUAAAGUAUGUCUUCCUAGAAGAUUUGGCUAUGCUUAAUCCCUACCUGAGACAGAUGAACAAUCUCUUCACACUCAUGCUAGAUGGCAUCAAUCGUAGACCCAGAAUGGGCAAUUUUGAAAAGCUUAAUCAGCAGAAUGUGAUCACAUGGAUUUCUCAACUUCCCACAUUCUACUGUCUCCAGGAACUCUGUAUAGAUAAUGUCUACUGUAUAAAAGGCAGCCUGAAAGAAUGGCUCAGUUGCCUGAAGAAGCCCUUGGAGGUACUUAACAUCACUAACUGUCACCUCUCACAGUCAGACUUGGAUUACCUGCCCUAUUGCCCGAAUAUUUUUGAGCUCAAAUGUUUGAAACUUAUUAACAUUAAAUUAUGCUAUUUAGUCCUUGAGCCUCUUGGGUUUCUCCUUGAGAGACUCAAACAUACCCUGGAAUGCCUGGAAUUGAGAUGUUGUGAUAUGGGCGAAUCUCAGUUCAAAACCCUACUGCCUGCCCUAAGCCAAUGUUCCCACCUCAAGGAAGUCAAUUUCUGGGAGAAUGAAAUCUCCCUGCUUUUCCUGAAACAACUUCUACACCACACUUCUACACUGAGCCAACUGACCUUUGAGAUAUACCCUGCACCUCUUGAGUGCUAUGAUGACUGGAGUGUAAUACUAACAGACAUAUUAAAAAACAUUUGUCCUGAGCUCCUGGAUAUACUCAAGGCCAAAAGACAGCCCAAGAAGGUCGCCAUUGCUACAGCUCAAUGCUCUAACUGUGAAGGCUUCUAUGUUUAUGAUAUGGAGACAAAAUGUUGCUAUUUUGAAUAUGGACUAUUUUAAGGUUGAUUGUGGAACAGAGAAAUGGAACCUUGAGGAAAUCUUAAGUGAAUGUCCAUUGUUGAAAGGAACAUGGAUAUGUCAAUCGCCUAAAGGUCUGAGGUACACUAGAAAAAGCAAAACCUUCUUCUGAGCAGGUGAAUGGAUGUUGUACCUGCAAAAAGUAUGUAUGAAGCACCCAGUUCUUUAGGAUUUUUGUAGUUUGAAUGUGUUACAAUAUAGGCACCCUUUCUUGAGGAGAUCGCCUCCCUCUCUUGACUCAAUAGAAUAAAUAUGUUGAAUUUCUGUACUGAU